UUUACAAAUGAACGCCCUCAUUGAAAGUAAAACAUGUAAAUACAUGGUAAAAAGGCUCCUCGGAGAAGGAAGUUUUGGGCGAGUGGUGCAAUGCGUAAAAUUAGACACAUUUGAAACGGUAGCUGUCAAGGUUGCUAAAAGGGAAUGCAACAGGAUGGCUUGGAAAGAGGCCACGGCUGUAAAAAAGAUCAGUGCUUUGGAUAAGGAUCGGUGCAAUUUGGUAAAGUACUACGAAGUUUUCGAGUACAAAUAUUGCGCCUUUAUUUCAAUGGAAAUGCUAGACAUUAGUCUGCAUGAUUUCAUGAAUCAAAGGUAUUGCAAUCCACUGUCUCUGAAUGAGAUUCGGGUCAUUUUAAAGCAGAUGUUUGUGGCUCUUACCGCUUUAAAGAGCAUAGGUAUAAUGCAUGCGGACAUCAAACCUGACAAUAUCAUACUUGUAAAUCAGUCUCAACAGCCGUUUAAAGUUAAACUUAUUGAUUUUGGUUGUGCCAAUCAUCCUGCAGACAUUCCAUGUGGCGCCAUAAUUCAGGCCCUUGGUUACAGGGCCCCUGAGGUCAUGUUGGGCAUACCUGUGACUGAAUCGGCAGACAUGUGGGCUCUUGGUUCUGUCGCAGCUUUUCUCUACUUGGGCUACCACUUUUUUCCCAGCAAGUGUGAAUAUGAAAUGAUGCGAGGUUUUGUUCACAUGCUUGGUCAGCCUAAUGAAAGAAUAUUAGAGAAAGGGAAGCACAGCAAUAAAUAUUUCUGGAAGAGAAAAGGGAUAAUGAAACACACAUGGGUAAUGAAGACACCAGUUCAGUAUUCAGUAUCUACAGGCAUUGUGAUCAAACAAGGUAAAUCAAUCAAAGACAAGUUCACAUGCAUGGAAGAUUUAGCCAAACACCACUCACAGCCAAACACAGAAUCCGAAGUGAAAGAUACACUUGCAUUUUUAAGCCUGCUCAAAUGGAUGCUGUGUAUGGAUCCUGUAAAAAGAAUCACACCCGUUGAGGGUCUGGGACAUCGUUUUAUUACGAUGAAACAUCUUCCUGAGGACCCUGCAGUAGAUUGCUACGUGGAGUCAUCCCGCAUGAGCAUGAAAGUGUGCCCACCCCUCAGUCUAGAAAAUGAAAUAGAAAGCUUUGUUACCUCAAGUGAAAUCAUAAAAAACAGAGAACAGAGCAGUAAAGGAUCUAGGCUGUCUUACUCUUUUGCGACUGCAGCUGAUAUCCAAAGAAACCGACAGAAAAGAGAAGCUGCACGGACAAAGAAUCAGACUGCAUUUAGGCUUGCAUGGCAUGCAAAAGAUGACAUGUCUUGGAAGCUACGUGUCAAACAAAAGCCUGGGAUGACCCAAAAACAGCUGGUAGAAUCUUUCUCUAAAUCCAGUGAUUCUCGCAUGGAAUGUACAAGUUCCUGUAGCUGUACAAGUACAAGUACAGACAGCGGAGAAGGAUCAGUCAACGCAGAGCCUCCUAAAGGUCGGACUUCAUUAGGGAAAAGGAUCAAAAACUUUUUCUUAAGGCUGUUUCGCAGUUCUUCAGAUAUUGAAGAAACUCAACAUCAACCUUCCCCAGCUGGUCAUGGCAGAUGACCGCCCCUUCUUGAGCCUGGUUCUGUCACAGGUUUCUUCUUGUUAAAAGGGAGUUUUUCCUGCCCACCGUUGCCAAAGUGUU